AUGAAUCCCACUCCAGGGGUCGUUAUGGUCCUUUUAGUGAAUCUUUCCUUGAUCACUGCGCAAAGCGACUACCGAUGGCCAGCAUAUCGACCUUUGGAGUACGCCACCCCUGUACCAAAACCCACAACAACUUCGACCUUCGCGCUGCUUUAUUCCCAGCUUUCGAGCCUGUUAGAACCACGCUCAACAACAACUUGGGAUUCUCCUGACUCAACGCCGAUGAAUCACGGUAUCGAGUACGGGAACGCAGCUCUCUCAUCUUUAUGGGCUCCUAUCCCCGUCUCAUCACCCCCGUUCACAACCACAGUUUUGCCAACGCCGAUUCCACGCAGUGAGCUAAUCAAGCCGCCGCCUUUACCCAUCGCACCUACAUUGUCUUCAAAUGGCAGCUUCAAGUUUCCAAGUGAUUUCCAAUGGGGAUUCGCUGGUGCUGCUCUUCAAAUUGAAGGAGCAACCAAGAACGAAGGCCGUGGACCCAGUGCAUGGGAGAAUCGUUUGCGAGGCAACUUCUCCUCCUCUGGAGAAAAUUCAGGACCACCGGACAUCGCAACGAUGAACUACUACCUCUACAAGCAGGACAUCGCUCGUCUCGCAGCCGUCGGUGUGCAAUCAUACAGCUUCAGCAUCUCAUGGUCCCGUAUCGUCCCUUUCGGCAAAGCCGGGUCGCCGAUCAACAAAGAGGCCAUCGAUCAUUACAACGACCUAAUCGAUACAGUGAUCAGCUACGGGUUGAAACCAGUGGUAACAUUGUACCACUUCGACUCCCCCGCGACGUUGCAGUCGAACACCUCAUUCUUUUCGUAUGAUCACCCGGACUUCAUCGACAGCUUCGUCUACUACGCUCAGACUGUUUUGGUCCACUAUUCUGACCGUGUCGGUACGUGGUACACCUUCAAUGAACCAACCAUCGAACCCAGCAUAUCCGGCUCUUGGGCCACCAGCCGGUACGUCCUGGAAGCACAUGCCAAAGUCGUCCGUUGGUACCGAGAUGUCGUCAAAGGCGAUGCACUCUGGAGCAUGAAGUUCGAUCUCACCGACACCGGCUUCGCACUUCCAUUGGAUCCAUCGAAUACUUCGGAUGUGGCUGCUGCUGUUCGGCGCAACGAGUUCACAGUCGGGUACUUCGCCCGCCCCCUGUUCUUGGGCGAGAAUCCACCGCAGUCGAUGAUAGAGACUGUCGGCGACAAGGUUCCGACGUAUACGGACGAAGAGCUUGAGUUCUUCAAUGGAACUGCCGACUUCUUCGCCUUUGACAUUUACACCGCGACGUAUCAUUCUGAGCCAGAGGGAGGCUUCGCCGCGUGUGCUGCAGAUUCAGAACAUGCCCUGUAUCCGCAGUGCACAGUCCCAUCCAGAACCAGGGGGCUAUGGGAGGCGAACUUCCAAGGAAACCCCGAUCGCAUUGCCGUGCCCGCCGAGCAUGUUCGCGCCAUGCUCGGUUUCUGGCAGGCAACGUAUCCCACCGAGGGGGGAAUCACCAUUGCUGAGUUCGGUCUGCCUGCAUACAAGGCGGCUGACAUGUCAAUAGAGCAUAUCCAGAACGAUCUCGCUCAGUCUAACUUCUAUAUACCAAUUCUUGCGGAGGUUUUGAAGGCCAUCAACCUUGAUGGUGUUCACGUAAAGGGGCUAUACGGGUGGUCAUUCCUCGACAACUGGGAAUGGGGCCAGUACAAUGACAAGUACGGCGUCCAGGAAUUUAACGCUACUACUCAAGAACGGUUCUACAAGAGAGCCAUCUUUGACUACGCCGGAUUUAUCCAGGAUCACAUCGAGGAGUAA